AUGUAAGAGUAGAAUACCCACUUGUAGAGUGAGCCGUAGAAAUUUGAAAAUUCCUCCACAGUUUAAUCUUUGAAAUCAUUAUAACAUUGUCUCAAUGAAAUAAUUACAGAUUCAAUUAUAAAGACAGUUUAAUAAAGAACAGGGCUUGAUGGUAUUAAAGAGCAAAUUUGCUAGGAAAUUUCAAAUCAAAUGAGAAUAUUUUUGGGUGAUUAGUGGUCUUCAUUUAUGAAGGAAUAGUAUAUCUCUGCUCAAGCUGCUUAAAUAUGUGAGGAAACAAAAACAGAGUAAUUUGAUCCAACUCAGCCAAUUGAGGAUUCUAAAUAAUUUUAAGAAGCAAAAUUAAAAGAUUCAACUAACAAACAAUAGAUAACCGUAUCAAGCCCGGUUCUUGGCAAUAUUAAUAAAAGAAGGAUUAAGGAGAAAGAGAACAAUCAACAUGCAAUCAACAGAACUAUUCCUAAUCAUAACCAGAACUAAUAGAAUCUCGAAGAAAACAAAAGACCAUUAUAAGGAUUCUCUGAUGUUAUUAUUAAAUAAAACAAUAAAGCUCUUCCUCUUUCAGCAGACUACUAAUCUUCAAAUUUAAAUCUAAGUUUGCUAGAUGUCUAAGAAUCUUAAGAUUUCAAAGGUUCAGAAUAGUAGUUUAAGGAAAUUUUGAACUCAAAUUAGUCAAAAUCUAUUCAAUCAAAAGAACCUUUUAAUUCAUCUUAAAAUAGUGAUUAAAUCUAGUUGAACUCAACUGGAUAGUUUGGUAGCAGCCAAGGAGCUCAGAAAGAAAGCUUAGUUUAAACCUCUGACUCAAAGAUAUGA